AUGGCUGUGUCCAAAAAUGAACAUCUUGUCCCAGCUGCGGAUUUGCCUUAUUAUCGACGUGCUACCGUACGUGGACUUAGACAGCAGCUGGAUGACGAGGGCCUGGAUACAGACGGUCUUAAAUACGACCUUUACAUGCGACUGAUUAAUGCUGGAUUUCGGCUCUACUCCGACGACAGGCCGAGCAGUGACGGAGAUGAUAGCGACGGAGAUGAUAGCGACGGAGAUGAUAGCGGCGGAGAUGAUAGCGGCGGAGACGAUAGCGACGGAGAUGACGACGGGAACGACGGCGGGAACGACGACGGGAACGGCGACGGGAACGACGACGGGAACGACGGUGGUGAUGACGGUGGUGAUGACGGUGGUGAUGACGGUGGGAACGACGACGGGGACGACGGUGGUGAUGACGAAGGUGAUGACCAGGAUGGUGAUGACCAGGGACGGGGAGGUAGUGGUAGGGGGCCGGCCCCAAGGUCGGACGCCAAACGGCCCAGAGACCCGAGCCCAAGUGACGACGGCGGAGACCCACAACCGCCACCCCGUCGUAGAAGACGGUUGGCCCUGCCAGUAGAACUUCAAAUUCCGGUAAUCCAGAACCUUCACCCUGCUGCACUAUGGAACCUGAUAGACACGGCUCCGGAUGAGUACCUAAAUGGCCAACCGCCUGGCGGCAUCAAUGCCCUGAUAAUCGAGGCCCGAGGUCAAUAUGCUUUAGAUUAUCCUCCUCCACGACCUGUAGCCUCUCCGCCACCCCAGCCCCCCGGUGAUGGUCAAGACGAUGGGGAUGGCGCUCCAGGAACGCCACCUGCCUCUGGAGGCCCUGGUUCUGGAGACGACGGCUCCGGAGACAACGGCUCCAAUUCCGAUGCCAACGGACCCGAUGACGAUGGCAACGAUGACGAUGUCGCCCCCCGGACGAUGUCCCUAUUGGAAUGGGUCGGUAAUCGAGCUACAUACGACUCUCGGUUCCGGACGGCCAACCGCACGCGUAUCAAUCGAGUAAUUGAUGCAUAUCUUGCGGUUUAUGGACCCAAUGACCCCGCCCCUGAGAACCAGAAUACCCAAGAGGACAUUUUGUAUUUUUUCCGGGAUCGAAACGACAUUCAGAACCCCGGUCCUGGUGUCUGGGCUCACACUCCCCUGACACUCGCUGCUUUCUAUAACAAUCCUAUCGUCGUACAGCUCCUCCUACUGCGCGGCACACCUGUAGAUCAGUCUAUUCGUGCGUGGAGGCCUCUCGACAGAGCUAUGCGUGGGAUGUCAGAAUUGAGUAUCAAUACCGCCAAUGGCAUACAAUGCGUUUUUACACUGAUCGGAUCUGGUGCCGAUCUUGGAGUGCUGCGCCAACCAACACAGAGGCUUUGUUUUAACUUGCUCAUGCAGUUUCAGGUGUUUGACAAUAACGACUUCGACAUCUUUAACCCACCACAGGAAUGGCCAUGGAUCGACAACCCUCUUGGCCUCGGCAUACGUGAAUUCAUCGCCGACGAGCGGUCGAGUUAUUGGGACAGGGUUUUGUUGUCCAUGUAUGUUAUGUGGGCCGGGGAGAUUGAUUACCCACUUUUUGUUUAG